CGGGGGCGUGGUUGGGCAACUGUGCUCUUUAAUGUCAGCACAGUUGUUUUGCUAGUUUAGUUUUUGAGGCUGGUGCCUUAAUGCAAACUCAUUCAAUUAGUGCACAUACCGGCUGGAUACUAAGCCGGUUAAGCAGAUAUUUUUAGUGUAAGGUUAGUAGCUGUAACUUUUCAUUCGCUGCAGUUCAUUCGCGUGUUUUUGCAGCUUAGCAGUAGCACAAAGCUAGCUAGCUAGCUAGCCAGGGCUAGCCAUGUUAGUGUUUAGCAUCACCAGUAGCUAACUGUUAGGCGGAAGACCAAAGUCCUCUAACGUAAAAAAAAAAAGCGGACAGUAAUUUUAUCUAUACAGGCAAUACCAAUGCCACACCUAAACCAGAGGUAGCAGAAACAUUAGCGCUCACGCUGGAGGACUGACAUUGACGAUGGCGUUAACUGUGGACGUCCCUGCAGAUGAGUGGCCUUGAUAAGUGAUUCACCCCGAUGAGUUAGCAACAAUGUCCUGUAAAUCAACUAAAGUCGCCCCGAGUGUUGAUUUCGACCACAGCUGCUCCGACAGCGUGGAAUAUUUGACUCUCAAUUUUGGCCCAUUUGAGACCGUUCAUCGCUGGAGAAGACUCCCUCCUUGUGAUGAGUUUGUUGGUGCAAGGCGCAGCAAGCACACUGUUGUGGCAUACAGGGAUGCCAUAUACGUGUUUGGGGGAGACAAUGGGAAAAACAUGCUGAAUGACUUGCUUCGCUUUGAUGUGAAGGACUGCUCAUGGUGUCGAGCUUUCACCACUGGGACUCCACCUGCUCCCAGAUAUCACCAUUCAGCUGUGGUCUAUGGCAGCAGCAUGUUUGUUUUUGGGGGUUACACUGGAGACAUUUACUCAAACUCAAACCUGAAAAACAAAAAUGACCUUUUCGAGUACAAGUUUGCCACAGGGCAGUGGACUGAAUGGAAAGUGGAGGGAAGCUUGCCAGUGGCUAGAUCCGCACAUGGAGCCACAGUCUACAGCGAUAAACUCUGGAUAUUUGCUGGCUAUGAUGGGAAUGCCAGGCUGAAUGACAUGUGGACCAUCAGUCUGCAGGAUCGAGAACAUGCAUGUUGGGAAGAGAUCGAUCAGAGUGGAGAGAUUCCUCCAUCUUGCUGCAACUUCCCUGUGGCCGUAUGUAGGGAUAAGAUGUUUGUCUUUUCUGGUCAGAGUGGAGCCAAGAUCACUAAUAACCUCUUCCAGUUUGAGUUCAAGGGCCACAUGUGGACACGUAUCCCGACCGAACAUUUACUGCGGGGCUCCCCUCCACCUCCUCAGAGACGCUAUGGCCACACCAUGGUUGCUUUUGACCGCCACCUGUAUGUAUUUGGCGGUGCGGCUGACAACACUCUGCCCAAUGAGCUGCACUGCUAUGAUGUGGACUCUCAGACCUGGGAAGUGAUCCAACCCAGCCUGGACAGUGAGAUGCCCAGUGGGAGGCUCUUUCAUGCUGCUGCUGUGAUUCAAGACGCCAUGUACAUCUUUGGAGGGACUGUGGACAACAAUGUGCGCAGUGGGGAGAUGUACAGAUUCCAGUUCUCAUGCUAUCCAAAGUGUACUCUCCAUGAGGACUAUGGCAAACUGUGGGAGAACCGUCAGUUUUGCGAUGUGGAGUUUAUUUUGGGAGAGAGGGAGGAGAGAGUCUUGGGACAUAUUGCCAUAGUGACUGCAAGAUGUCAGUGGCUGCGGAAAAAAAUCCUGCAGGCUCGGGAUAGGCAGCGACAGAAGACUAAACAGGAAAGCAAUGAGGAGAGUGAUGACACGGCAGCUGGAGGCCCGAGGGAUAUCCCAGCAGGCAACAGGCCAUCAGGCACACAACCGCUGCUGGAAGUAUCCAUCAGGGAAGCGGAGGCUCAGCCUUUUGAAGUCUUAAUGCAGUUCCUCUACACAGACAAGAUCCAGUAUCCACGUAGAGGUCAUGUCCAGGAUGUUCUCUUGAUCAUGGACGUUUACAAACUCGCUCUUAGUUUUAAGCUUUCCCGCCUGGAGCAGCUGUGUGUGCAGUACAUUGAGGCAUCUGUCGACCUGCAAAAUGUUCUCAGUGUUUGUGAAAAUGCCAACAAGCUGCAACUGGAUCAGCUCAAGGAACAUUGCCUUAAUUUCGUGGUGAAGGAGUCACACUUCAACCAGGUGAUCAUGACGAAGGAGUUUGAACAUCUGUCUACACCACUGAUAGUGGAGAUAGUGCGGCGAAAGCAGCAGCCUCCUCCCAGGUUGUACUCAGACCAGCCUGUGGAUAUUGGGACCUCCCUGGUGCAGGACAUGAAGGCCUACCUGGAGGGAGGCGGCCUGGAGUUCUGCGACAUUAUUCUGCUGUUAGACGGACACCCACGACCUGCACAUAAAGCCAUACUGGCAGCUCGAUCCAGUUACUUUGAGGCGAUGUUCCGCUCCUUCAUGCCUGAGGACGGUCAGGUUAAUAUCUCUAUUGGUGAGAUGGUUCCAAGUAAGCAGGCCUUUGAGUCCAUGCUGCGUUAUAUCUACUAUGGCGAUGUCAACAUGCCUCCAGAGGAUUCCCUCUAUCUGUUUGCUGCACCAUAUUACUACGGGUUUUCCAAUAACAGGCUGCAGGCUUACUGCAAGCAGAAUCUGGAGAUGAACGUCACUGUGGAGAAUGUCUUGCAGGGUGGAUCAUUUCUUCAAUCACUUUUCCCUCAUUAUAACCCCCCCCAGAUUCUGGAGGCGGCGGAUAAGACCCAGGCUCUGGACAUGAAGAAGCACUGCCUGCACAUUAUUGUCCACCAAUUCAUCAAGGUAUCCAAGCUCCCCAACCUGCGGUCUCUCAGCCAGCUGCUGCUGUUGGACAUCAUUGAGUCUCUAGCUACACACAUAUCAGACAAACAGUGUGCUGAGAUGGGCUCCGACAUUUAGGAUGACGACGAGAGCUGGGCUCUUUUCUCCUCUCACAGAAGCCAUACAUGUCUGCUCCACUUACUUGUAGUCACUCCCCUCUCCCCAACACACAGUACUUUUCUUUAUGUUGGACCUCGCAUGUCUCUAACCUCAUACAGUAGUUGCCUUUAAUCCACGCAGUACCAAAUUGUUCUUGUUUCUCAAUCCGCAUCUCGGUGAGGAGUGAAAUCAGUGAAGAGACCAAAUUCUAGCUCAAUUACAAUCGUUCAAUGAUCUAAAAAUUCCCCUUUAUGUUUAGUUUGUAAUUUAUUUAUUUAUUUAAUAACUUUUGAAGGGUUUUUUUUUCUGCUCAGUAUUGCUGCUGCAUUUUAAAUAGAUAUACUGUGCACUGUAAAAUUUCAUACUUGUGACACAAUAGUAAUGUUCAAGUGUUGCCGUCAGAUGACUUGUUUUAAGAUAUCGGCUCAGAUACAUUCUCAGUCAUCUAAAUACAACUUAAUCAAAGAAUACCAUUUAAGUUGAUUAUUCAUCUAAAUAUGUAUUCAUCACACGAUUAUUCUCAGCUUUGACACAGUUAAUAAGCCUGUUGUAAGGAAUCAAGACCAUUAUAUGAAAAUUAUUAGAAUGUGUGUCUGUCAUAAAGCUGUUUGUCUUGUUUAAUGUUCUUGUCAUUGGCACACAUCUUUGUAAUACUAAUCACCUCUUAUAUCACCAUUACUAAAAGACAAGCUCUCUUUACCCAUACAGUAUAGCAAUGUGUAUUUAGUGACACCAGGAUGCCGUUGUUAAAUAUUUACCCACAUGAGUUUCAUGUAAGUAAAGCCUUAAUAAAUCUUCGCAUACAAAAUAA